AGGAGAAGGACUUGGUGAAUUCAAUGAUGAACAUGUUGGCGGCGGGCCCGCCUUCGCAAUGUUGUUUUUAGUGUGAAUAUUGGGUAAGCAUCCAGCAAUUCAGGCGAGGUUACGAGAAGAGGUGAGGGUUAAGUUGCCAGCAAUUACGAUGGACGAUCUUUCAAUGAAUGUAAAGACCCAAAGCCAUGGGAUACGGAGUUGGUGGACUCACUGCCGUACUUGAACGCUGUGGUCAUGGAGGUCCUGAGGAUGUAUCCGCCCGCGCCUACUGUUGGGAGGAAAGCGUUGGAAGAUGUCGUCAUUAUGGGAACCCUAGUACCGAAGGGCACGGAUAUAACCGUCGCAGCUCCACUCAUGAACACCAAUCCGGAGCUGUGGGGUCCAGAUGUGCACCUUUUCAAUCCGGAACGAUGGGUGGGUCCUAACAAAUCGGCAAAUGGCGGCGCAAAGAGUCCGUAUGCCUUUAUGACUUUCAUCCAGGGGCCGAGAACGUGUAUUGGGAAUCAAUUCUCCAAGUCCGAGUUAUUAGUAAUGGCUGCAGCAUUCGUCGGGCGUUUCAAAUUUGAGCUGCUGCAUCCGGAAAAGGAUUUGGAGGUUGAACUUUCGGUUACAAUGUCGCCAAAGGGUGGUAGAACUUUAGUACUUCUUGUUAAGGAUGUUUAUAGUAUACAUAUAAGACUUCCGCCAGCUAAAGGAAAGUCCAAAGGCUCCUGGAUAUAACUAGUCAAAGAACACUAAAAAGCAGUAAUUUGCGUCUGGGUCAGUUCUAGCCUCUGGCUUCUGGAUUUAUGUUUCAUUCU